CCUCUUACUUACUUUUCGAAUUUAUUCUUAUUUCUUGCAGCUAUUUCCUUUUCGUUCUUUGUUUGAUUAUUUGAUUCUUCGUGACUUGUUUCCUCCAGAUUUUUCAGGAUGCCUCUUAGUCGAGUGGAAGAUGCAUGCGCUGCUAUGGCUUUUACCCGAUCAAAGCUUCGUAGGGAUGAAGUCUUAGAUAUCUAUUUUAAGUAUAGCUUUCCUUUCGAUUAUAGGGUAAUAUUACCCGGUGCCGAUAUGGCUGCUUCCGAUUCUCCAGGAUCUUCUUGUAGGGCGGUUCUCUUCGAAGAGCAAUUUGCUGCUGGUCUUAGGUUUCCUUUAGAUUCAUUUUUAGUAGAAGUGUGUAGGGAUUUAAAGGUUGCUCUGGGACAACUUUAUCCUGGUACGAUUAAAGUAGUGCUCGCCUUUUCGGAGGCGUGUAGGCUCCGGGGUUGUGCCCCUUCUCUCAAAGUGUUGUAUCAUUUUGUAGACUUUAGGAAGUGUGAUGGUUGCUUCGUUUUUGCCCUUGGCAGAGAAGGGCGAUCUCGUAUUUAUCUUCCUUGCCUAACCAGUCGCUGGCGAAGGCGUUUCUUUAUUGUUUACCAUAAAUUUGCUUUUCUUCAUUUUUCGGAUGGUUUUUCUUCUCACCAAGUUCGGAGCUGUCCGUCUCCUUUAAGUUUAUCCGAGUCAAAACUUGCUUUCGACAUAUCUUCAUGUAGUGUUGUAUCGCGUCCCAUUCUAGAUGUCUUGGCCAAUGCUCCCGUUGAGAUAGUGUUCCCUGUGGGUGGUGAGGUUAUUGUUGUAGAUGAUGAUGAUGACUUGGCUGAUCCGGUAGGUGACGAGGCGGUUCCGUCGCUACUUCCCCCUCUAGUAUCAUUUACCGUCUCGGGGGGAGUUGGGGGUGUGGCUUCAGAGGGGCCGAGUUUUCCUGGAAACUCUUCUUUUGCUCCGGAUUUGGUUCGGUGGGUCGAAGGUCAGGAUCCUGCUAGUUUGCUGAAUCCUAGAGUGCUAGCGGAAUAUAUCCGAACUUUGGCGAUUCCUGAUGAUGUCACGUGGUUCUGUGGUAGGCCGGGUCAGGAGCUUUCCGAUCUGGCUUGCUUUCAUGGUUUCUCUGCUCUUCAAUCUGUUCUGGUAUUGAACGACCGCCGACAGUGUGCCGAGGAGGAGGUCGAGCGUCUGUCUUCUCUUUUGGCGACUUCCGAGUCUGAAAGGGCGAAAUUGAAGGCCUCUUUGGAAGAGCAUGAUUCCCUUCUGGCGCAGCUCAAGGCGCAGGAUGCGAUUAAUGAUCGCCAAGUGAAAGUGAUCGAGAAGAAGACCGAUGACUUGACUCAAGAGAUCGAGGAGCUUAUUCGAAUCAAUUCCCUUGUUGGUGGGGAGAGGGACAGUCUAAGAUCGGAGGUUGAAGGUCUUCACAUCCGUCUGCUAGAUACGAAGGCUUUUUACUCUGCUUUGAUAAGCGAGUAUCGCCUUGCGAUUGGGAGGAAGCUUCUAGAGCAGAAUCCUAAUAUUGAUCUUUCUGGGGUUAACGGGUUGGAUCCCCAGGCCAUCGCUCGUGAUCUUCUCGUCAAGAUGUCUAAAGACCGCGUCUAGUAGUUUUUCUUUUGAUUGUAUUUGCUGAUGUACUAAUUUUGCUUUUUGUAAUUCGCAAUUUAUGAAUAUAUUU